AUGUUAAUGUCGAAGGAAGAUGAGUCACAGAUGACGUUUUCGAUGCUUCCUGAUGAUUUGGUAUUAAACUGUUUAGCCCGUGUUUCCAAAGUGUAUUACCCUAGCCUUUCCUUCGUUUCCAAGAAAUUCCGGUCUCUCAUUGCCUCAACGGAGCUUCAAGAGCUUAGAUCAUUCUUAGGUUGUACUAGCAGUGGUCUUUACGUGUGUUUACGGUUCCGUACGAAUACUGAUUACAGACAAAUUUGUUUCACCCUCCGCCAAAAAAUAAGUAGCAGCGCCAAAAUUUUGGUCCCAAUAUCAUCUCUUGAUUCUCCUUUUGACUACAGAUCAGGUGUUGUAGCGGUUGGUUCUGAUAUCUAUGCUAUUGGUGGACGAAACUUAAAUAAUAGUGCAUCGUCUAAGGUCAUGGUCAUGGACUGCCGUUCUCAUACAUGGCGUGAGGCUCCAAGCAUGCGCGUGGCACGUGAUGACUUUCCAUCUACUUGCGUCCUUAAUGGGAAAAUAUAUGUAAUAGGAGGCUGCAAGAAUCUCGAUUCAACAAAUUGGAUUGAAGUUUUCGAUACGAAGACCCAAACAUGGGAGUUUUUGCAGAUUCCUAACGAAGAGGUAUGCAGAGGUUUUAAUUACAAAAUCGUAGGGUAUAAAGAAGCUAUCCACGUAAGUUCAUUAGAAAAUAAUCGUGCAACUUUCAUGACUUACGAGAUACACAAAGGUAGAUGGAGAGAGCCACACUUAUCGUUAAGUCAUGGAUUUCAUUUCUCUAAUUGUGUGAUAGAGAACGUGUUCUACCGUUAUAGUUACGAGAUGCUCCAAUGGUAUGACUCAUGUAGAAAAAUAUGGAAAAAUUUGAAAGGAUUCGUGCGCAGGUCGAUUAUGAAUCCUCGUGGUGAAGGUGUUAAAAUGGUGAAUUAUGGAGGAAACAUAGUUCUUUUGUGGGAGGAGUGCGUGACUAUUAAGAAGAAACUAAUCUGGUGUGAAGAAGUUGUUAUUGAAAAAAAACAUCAAGGAGAGAUUUGGGGGUUGCUUAAGUGGUCUGACGUUGUCUUUAUAACCGAUGAGAAAAAUCAAUUAGUGCGUGCUCUUGCUCCUGAUGUUUGA